GCGAAAUUUAUUUUCAAAUCAUUUAAAUUCCAACACUUCCUUCCCGUACAAUCUUUUGAAACACAGUCUUUCUUACUUCAUGCUUUCCUGUUCAAACGCAAUAGGAAGAAUGCGGAAGACGAAUAUCGAGGGAAGUGGGACUUAAGCACGGGGUGGACCUCCGGAGAGGUGAGUUUAAGGAACCAGGAGGAUAAGCGGGAGCAAAUGAGCCUGUCAAGGGCGAGAGGGGGUUCAGCAGGGCUAGAAGGAGAACCCCAACCUUUAGUUGGUGCCAGACCUCAGACAGCAGCCCUGAGAAACUUCUAAACCGUGACGCACACUUACUCCGGGAUCGCCCAGCCCGUCUCCGGGGGGCGGGGAGCCGUGGCGUACCUAGCCUAUCAGCGCUGCCGAGGCCGACGAAGUCUCUUCUUCAUAGGCUACCUCCAAGGUGACGUCAUGUUCGCUGGGCCGGCGAAGGAAGUGGGAGCCAUGAUUGGUUGGCCCUGGGGCGGCGGGCGGUGGAAGAGCCUGGCCAGUCUAGGUUUCCAACCUGUGCUUGACUUUCUCCAUCCAUGUUUCCAGGCCGUGGUGGGCUACAGAGGGCGGGGAGUUGGCUCUGCGAAAACCUGGAUUUGAUUCUGAGAGUGGUGGAGUUGAGAAGGGGUGACCGGAAGUGAUUUUGGAAGUGACCGGAAGCGAGGCCUGGAGGGGAAAGACAGAGCUGGUGCCGGGAGGGAGGGGGCUUCCAGCAAAAGGGGGCGGGAGGAAAAGGUGCUUUAGCAGCGUGGUGGCGCCCGGCUGGCGACUUGCGGUUGCCGCUGGUUGUCUGGAAAGCGGCGAGCAAUCAUCACGACCUCAAGGGGACAGCCCAGGAAGUGGGAGUGUGGGAAUCCAGAUCUGCUAGUUGAGCAAAAAGGGCCUUACGUUCCGAGAGUUGGGUAGCUGAGACAGCCAACAGCAAGGAGCCAAGGGUACGGGAGAUUAGUUAUGUAGGCAGUGCUGAUCGGGUUUGGGGGUGGCUGGUGAGCAUUGCGUGAGAGAUCUUGGAGUUUUCUACUGUCUUGCCCCCUGUUGGGUAGAAUCACGCUCCGCGCCUUUGUACAAGAAACGGCGUCUCCGGGGGCAAGGAAGGAGCCAGGAUGGCCUGGGCUCUGAAGCUUCCUCUGGCCGAUGAAGUGAUUGAAUCCGGGCUGGUGCAGGACUUUGAUGCUAGCCUGUCCGGCAUCGGCCAGGAACUGGGUGCUGGUGCCUAUAGCAUGAGUGAUGUCCUCGCAUUGCCCAUUUUUAAGCAAGAAGAGUCAAGUUUGCCUCCUGAUAACGAGAAUAAAAUCCUACCUUUUCAGUAUGUGCUUUGUGCUGCCACCUCUCCAGCAGUGAAACUCCAUGAUGAGACCCUAACAUAUCUCAAUCAAGGACAGUCUUACGAAAUUCGAAUGCUAGACAAUAGGAAACUUGGAGAACUUCCAGAGAUUAAUGGGAAAUUGGUGAAGAGUAUAUUUCGUGUAGUAUUCCAUGACAGAAGGCUACAAUACACUGAGCAUCAGCAGCUGGAGGGCUGGAGGUGGAACCGACCUGGAGAUAGAAUUCUUGAUAUAGAUAUUCCAAUGUCUGUGGGUAUAAUUGAUCCUAGGGCUAAUCCAACCCAACUAAAUACAGUAGAGUUCCUGUGGGACCCUGCAAAGAGAACAUCUGUGUUUAUUCAGGUGCACUGUAUUAGCACAGAGUUCACCAUGAGGAAACAUGGUGGAGAAAAGGGGGUGCCAUUUCGAGUACAAAUUGAUACUUUCAAGGAGAAUGAGAAUGGAGAAUAUACUGAGCACUUACACUCGGCCAGCUGCCAGAUCAAAGUUUUUAAGCCCAAAGGUGCAGACAGAAAGCAAAAAACAGAUAGGGAAAAAAUGGAGAAACGUACACCUCAUGAAAAGGAAAAGUAUCAACCUUCCUAUGAGACCACCAUACUCACAGAGUGUUCUCCAUGGCCUGAGAUCACUUACGUCAAUAAUUCUCCAUCACCUGGCUUCAACAGUUCCCAUAGCAGUUUUUCUCUUGGGGAAGGAAAUGGUUCACCAAACCACCAGCCAGAGCCACCCCCUCCAGUCACAGAUAACCUCUUGCCAACAACCACACCUCAGGAAGCUCAGCAGUGGUUGCACCGAAACCGUUUUUCUACAUUCACAAGGCUUUUCACAAACUUCUCAGGGGCAGAUUUAUUGAAAUUAACUAGAGAUGAUGUGAUCCAAAUCUGUGGCCCUGCAGAUGGAAUCAGACUUUUUAAUGCAUUAAAAGGCCGGAUGGUGCGUCCAAGGUUAACCAUUUAUGUUUGUCAGGAAUCGUUGCAGUUGAGUGAGCAGCAGCAGCAACAGCAGCAGCAGCAGCAGAAGCACGAGGAUGGGGACUCAAAUGGUACCUUCUUCGUGUACCAUGCCAUCUAUCUAGAAGAACUUACAGCUAUUGAAUUGACGGAAAAAAUUGCUCAGCUUUUCAGCAUUUCCCCUUGCCAGAUCAGCCAGAUUUACAAGCAGGGACCAACAGGAAUCCAUGUGCUCAUCAGUGAUGAGAUGAUUCAGAAUUUUCAGGAAGAAGCCUGUUUUAUUCUGGACACAAUGAAAGCAGAAACCAAUGAUAGCUAUCAUAUCAUACUGAAGUAGGAGUGGGGCAUUCCGUGCUCGGUGGCUGCUGCUUCCUUCACCUCUUGAAAAUGGCCCUCUUAGGGGGCUGUGAAUGGAGACUGGAAGGUCUGCAGGAACCUGACCCAUCAAACUGUGGGGGGGGGGGGGGAGUUCCAGCUGCAGAGGCAGGAUCCCAAGCCUGCUGUUAGCACAACACUCUUGUGGUGCACACAGCUUACUGCCUAACAUGCAGUUCUGCGGAUAUCUCUUAGUUAAAAUUUCAAAACCCUGUUGUUUUUGAACAUCAAUAGAAACUCCACCUCAGUUAGGGUGAAUGUAGGGCAUAAUUAUGAUGGGAAUUGUGUGAUAUUUGAUAGAAAGAUUUUAAAUUUUGUGAUAUGGAGCCAUGUAAUUGUUUUCUAAUAUAAAAAUAAGCAUCUAUAUUCAUAA